UGAGUUGCUGGAAGCUACCCAAAAACGUCACAUCAACGUCAGAACACACCAACGAAGCAUCCCAAUCCAGAAUAAUCUCUUCAUUGCUACAAGCUGAAAAACAUGAAGAUUCAUCGAACGCAAAAUGUGUCUAAAAGAUGUAUGCCACAAACCAAUGAUGUAUUCAAAUUUCAAUUCAAUACUGUGUAGGUCCCACCCUCCCUAUGUCCCCUUACUAACUGGGGAGUAUGCCGCCCCGUAAUACGGCAUCCCUUUCUCUCUCCCUAACAACAAGACAAUCGGCCACGUUAAGCUAAAGCAAAUGAGCCUAAUAAAAAUUUUAUUUGAAAAAAAAAAAAAAAAGUCUUCCAGCCGGUUUGUGAAUUUUAAACGAGCAAACAUCGGAAUAAGUUUAUUUCUGGUGUGUGUUUGUGUAUGGCAAGGUAUAUUUAAAUUUCCAUGAUAAAAUUUAAAAUAGGUGUAAACUCUUUUUUAAUACUACGUGACUUGAUUUUGCCGCAGCUCAUUUCGUUCGUUUGUCUUCUGCGUUACUCUUUUUGGAUCUAGAUUUGGGAUGUACACUAAUUUUUCGAUAUAAAUAAAAGCAUUGCACAUUAUGAAUCGUAUAAAGCUUGUAUUACUUUUGAUAUGAGAAGUUCUGUACAGCGUGAAAGUAGUGAACAAUUAUCGAUAAGUUAAGUUUUAUUGUUAAACAAACUUUUAGUUUGGUUUUGGUCCAAGAAACAAUCAAUUUUUUUAAUAGUUUCUAUUCUUUUAUUGAGCUAACCAAUACACUGGUUUCCUCAGAUAGAUAUUAUAUGUUUACUAAGAAAGUCGGAAUGGGAAACGAAAUUCCACACCUUUCGAACACCUCUAGCGGUUUCCUUCAUCCUUAGAGCUCAGCAUGAUAUGACGAAGUGGCAACACCUGGGCUCAAGGUCGUCACAGCGGAUGCUGGCAAGGCUGGAAACAAAGAGAGUUCAUCAUUUAUGCAUUUUGUAUACACAAAUUGUAUCUACUUCACUGAUUUUGGAAAGCGAACAAUGUUUGCUCGUUGGACGGAUUUCUUCUUACGAACGUUCCAUGUCAUACUCGACACCAUGUCACCGCUUUCUUGACAUCGGAAAUUUCUCCCAGAGCUAUAACCUGACAAAUCCUGGUGACGGUUGACGUGUUGAUCUUUGGAACCCCUUCCCGCCAGACCAUUGGUUCAGCUUGUUAGCUUUCGUAGUCAAAUUUAGUUGAUGGAAUUUUAAAUGAGUUUUUAACCGAGUUCUUUCUGCCGCACACACACAAGCAUACAAGCUUAACAAACAGAAUGCUGAUGGAAAGUGCAGUAUUUUUGUUUUUGUUUCCAGAAUGUGCUACCAGUUAGUCUCGGUGAUAUAGUUUCCGUAUCUACUACAGUGUCGUGACCAAAAUGUUAAUUACGUUACCUACCCAAGUUAUGCAAAUAAAUAAAUAAAAGCUAUUUCCAUUCUCUUGUGCCCUCGCUUUGAUGUUGCUAAUAAAUAAAAACUGAGAUCCUAGAACAGAAUCCACUAUUUCGAAUAUUCAAUAUUCAAGCUAUUGGGAGAUUUUAUACUUUUUUUUAAAAAUUAUUUACUCGUUCUCAAAUUUUAAACUUUAAAGUGAGUGAAUUUGAAAUUGUACUUAUUUUAACGAGUUUAAUAUGGUUCGCCGAAACAGCAGCAACAUUUUAUAUUGUCAUUGAACACGUUUUUUGUAAAUAAAUCUGAUUCACUGUUAUUAAAUUUUCAUUCACAAGAAUAUAUCCAGAUUUACAGAAAUAGACAUUAGAAAAUUUGUAUAGACUAUGCUUUUACUUUAGCAAGAGCAUCUCAAAAGGUCGGUUUAAAGUGUUUUCAUUAUUAUUCGUAGAAACUGGUUCGAUAAAUGUUAAAAUCGAACCUAAUCCUUCAAAAGAAUAGCAACUUGAUACUGUGCAAGCCAAAAAAAUGGCAAGCCAAAAACUGGCGGAACGACCGAAAUUAGCUCUGUGCCUAACUCGUAUUACUGUUUUUGAGUUAGUUGAUUUUAACAACAAUAUUUCGAAAAUAACUAUUAAAUUAGUUAAAAUUGAGAAUUCACAUUGCUGAAAAAACUCUUAUUUUUAGAGAAUGUGUUUAGUUGGCGAAUAUCCUGGACACAAACCAGCAAUAUUUCAAUCCAACACGAAAUUCUCAUUGACAACUAGUUUUGUUAUUAAAAUCAGAAAAUUUGUUUCUAUUUAUCUAUCACCAUCAUUACUAAAGGACAGCACAAAAAAAACAAAAAUGAAAUUGAUUUUAUUAACAAGUUUAUUAGCCAAAAACUCAUGCAAAAAUGUCAUGUCAUGCAAACAAAAUGUCAAAGCAAAACAAUACAUUAAAAAGCUAAAAAGGACAGUCUUGUUAAAACUGCUUGCAAAUUGUUUUAAUGUAUAUAUAAAUUUCUAAACCGAUAUGUAGGAAUGUCGUAAACUCUUAGUGGAAAGUGUAUUUAAUCAGAAUAUGUGCACAUUUGAAGCGAUUGUGCAUAAUAAUAUUUUUACGCGGAACAGUGAAGUGAGUUGCGAAUGUUGCACUCUAAUUGUAUACAUCAAAUGAUGUUUUUUGUAUCUUCCAACCUUCCGGGCUACGCCGUCCGGUGUAUUUCUUGUAUUUCUUGUAAAAUAACGAACUAAAAUCAGAAAAACAACUAAUUUUUUCGCAAAAUUUCGGAUUUCGGUCUUUCCGUGUGCAUCAGGUCGUCCGAAUGAGGCUGUUGUUCCGGAAACCGCCUUAACACUGAUUCAUAAGAGUGUUUGGUCAUGAUUAAACGUAAAAAUCGGAAUUUGUGCGUUACAAAGGACGAAACAUGGAUUCAUCAUUAUACGCCUAAGUCAAUUCGAUGGCCUCUGCAUUUUGGGAUGCUAUUGAUGCAUUGAGAGUAAAAUAGGUAAUAGUGAAUAUUUAACAGAAUUAUUGAAUCGAUUAAAAGUCGCAAUUAAGAUAAAACGACCCGGAAUGAAAAAGAAAAAAAGGCUUUUCCAUCAGGAUAAUGCAUCAUGUGCGGCGACGGGUAUAGUGUGAUGGGUAAGUCGAUGCCUUUCACGCAGCCCGCCUGGGUUCGAUUCCCAACCCCGCACAUAGGGUCAUAAAGUUUUUCUGGCCCGAAGAGGCGAAUGACCUUAAGGUUAAAACCUCUAUAAUCGAAACAAAAAAAAUGCAUCAUGUCACAAGUCGAUCGUUACGACGGCUGAAUUCAAUGAAAUGCAAUUCGACUUGCUAUCGCAUGCAGUCACGUACCCAGAGGGAGGGCCGGAGUGGCCCUGGCUCCUCCCGAAAUUAAAAACAGAUAUAUAAUUAUUCAGAAGGUCUCAAACAUGUGUUACAGAAAUAAAAAGACAGUAAGCGUAAAGAAAUGUAAUACAAUAAAAGUUCCUGUGGAAAAGUUUAAAGUGCCUGUUAAAAACACCGCACACCGAGAAUUAGGUACAUCAGCAAUCUGCAGUAACAUUUUUGGGCCCCUCUCGAAACGAAAUCCUGGGUACGGGCCUGACCGCAUCAACCAUAUUCGCCUGAUUUAAAGAAGUUAGAUCGAUUUCCUUAUGAACGCCCCCAUAGUGGAAUGUAGCAACCGUCUCAGUCUCUCUUUGCUCUAUAAUAUUUGUUAUCUUUUUCGUCUUUUUCCGACGAUAAAUGUUGAAGAAUUCAUUGAAGCUGACUGGUCUUUUAAAAGUAUCACCUUACAAUUACCUUAACCUUAGUUAAAGAGCAACCUUUUAUUGUCCGGAAUGGAACAAUGCGAAGUAGCCCUAAGACCCUAAAACUAAGGAAAUUAAAUAGGACCGCCUAGAUAAAACUCUCAAGUGUACCCGUAUGUUCUCCAGGAAAAAAAGAAAAUACUUUCCCGGCUUUACUGGCCGGAGCAGUGCUGUAAAACUUCAUUCAAUUUAAUUGAAAUCGAAUGUGUACAAACACUGGCGAGCACUCUACAGCAGUAAACUUCACAUUCUAACACACCGUCCUUCAUUCGUGUGUCUUUCUACCGAAGCUAGGUUGAACCACCGACAGUUUAUCUCUUGAAGUAACAAAAUAUCUCACAAUUGAAUGAAACAUUCGAAUUGGUUCAGGAUAUUGGAUGAAAGGUAACGUCAUGAUAACUGAAAUAUCAAAAUAAACAUAAAUAAAUUUUUCCCUAUUUCAGUUUUCAUUUUCAAUAUUUCGAAACACAUCUCAAUACAUUUCAAACAGUCGAGAUUAUCGAUUUCAACUUGCUGGUGAUAAUUGAAAACUCAAAUGAGAACCACCACCCUCUAUUUAUCGUUAUGGUCGGAGAGAGUUUUUUUUUAUUUUGUCGAGUUGAUGUUUAUGCCUAUUCAUUCGCACUUGCUCACUAUCCACAGUGAAGACAAUGGUACAGAUAGACUACUUGACACUACAAACUGAGUAAGCAAAACUUCAAGUACGGUUAUUCAAUUGACGAUGAAUUCUGGUAGCUUCGGCAACAAAAGUAAAAUGAAUGAAAAGGGAUGUGCUGACAGUCAACGGCAAUCAGUUUCAUUUUCAUCUAAUAACAUUCGAUUGAAAUGAAGUUAUAACGCAUUGGUCCGGAGUAUGUUUUACGGUGAUAUUUAUGGCAAUUUCUUUGUCAGUAGGAAAAAGGCGAGUGGGUAAUGUCAGAGACAUAACUGGAUGUCGUGAAUACGAAAACAACUGACAUGUUCCUUAACACUUCCGAAUAUCAAUUAGAUGAUCAAUUGUAUAAAUUAUGCAGGCACAUUUUUUUAAAUUUUUCGCAAAAACAAAGAAGGUUUCACUUGAUCUCGAUUACUGUGAAUUUCACACAGCGAAAAGUGCACAAAUCUAAUCAAACUCUUCUAGAUUUUCACUAAACUGAGGCUAUUUACCUUGGAUUUGCGAAGAAGAAAUCCUAAUAGUUCUUUAGAAAAAUUUUAGAGCCAUUAGAACGGCUGAUUUUGUGUGAUGCUCUCCACCGUUGUCCCCUUUCCAUUGUUUUUUCACCAAUGCAUACGACUAGCAGCUGUGACGUAAGCUCUCUUGUCGGAAGCGAAAUUAGCUUUGCAAACGACACAAAAUACAUCUGCUCGCAGUGGCGAUAGAAUCCAAACUGAUCCAAUUUUUGUUAAGAGAUGUUAGAUUUUUCACUAAUGGGCGGUUCUAACGGCUAUAAAAUACAGCAUAUAGAAUUUUAAUGUCGAUUAUUUCAUUUCGGAUUUGCAUUUCAUUGAAAGAAACUAUCAGGAUUCUGAACGGGAUUCAUUCCUGCCUUCGGAACAUUUUCUCGAACGAUUUGUUGUACAGCAGCAGAUAUUUUGUUCUCUUCCUCAAAACGCGUUCUGAUUGGCUGGUGGGUUAAAUCAAACAGGUUUUUCAAUAAUUUACUAUUGAAAAAUGUCAUUGUUGUUGCAAUACACCUUCAAGUUGAAAAUUCUAUUGGUAGUUAGAUUAUAUAAAUCCUUCCACAGAUCACUGAGCUAUGAGCUUUAAAAAUACGAGAAUGGCAAACGCGUCUAAUGAAUUAUCCUCUUUGAUACUCGUUUAUACCAAACAAUUCAGAAAAGUUUGAUUUUGAAUUAUUUGAGAUUAUCUCACACAACUGAAAAUUUCAUCAUAAAAUGGUGAUCAUAUUUCCGAUGGCAUGUAGCAAAAAUUAUGUUGAUUCGUUAGAUACAACAAGAGAUAUUCACGAUCAAAAACUUAUCACUCUCUCAGAGGGUAAAUUUUGAAAACGCGCCCCAUAGUAAAGUAAGUCAUAUUUACGACAAAUUUACGAGUUUGAGCCCCGUCUCUUCGGUGACAUUUUCGCAAAUUUUCUUGCUGUUACAUUCGUUAGUUUUUUUCCAAUCUGUUUAUCUCGUAAGAUAUUAAAAACAAUUUUAUAUAACGUGUUCUAACUCUGUACUGUGAGCAUAGUAUUAAACAUAUUUUCACAAUCGACUGUUCUGAACUUAUUAUAAAAAUAUUAGUAGUAGACUGUGAUCCAGGAAUGCGCGAAACUUUUCUUUCAUGCAUGUGUCGAAAAAUACAGUAGUGUCAUAUUGCAUUACAAAAUAAUAGAUGUUCAGAUCAAGUUUUGAAAACAUCAGUAAGUUGCCAUUUGCCUAUUGAGGCGCUAAUUUUAGAGAGCUACUUGCGUUCGAACUUUCAUAAUAACUGGAAUGCUUUAUACUGAAUUGAAAGCUCGGUAAACUGGAAUAUCUUAAACCAUUUUUGAAAGAAAAAAUUCAGUUCCCUUAAAUUUAACUAUGAAUUUUCAUAGUGGAAUUAAAGGGAACUUAUUUUUUUCAAAAGGUUUAGUUUCAUUCCACUAAUCGCUCAAUCUCCAAAAAUUUGAAAUAUCUUAAUUUUAUAUCAAAACAAUCUACACAGGCCGCCAAUAGUCAUAUUUGGAAGUUUUAAAGAUAGCUAAUCCUAUAGCUGAGCUGAGCUGAAGUAGAUCGCCCGUGGUUGCACUUCGUGAUUGACAGAAUGAGUGGAAAUGUACAUACCAAGAAAAUAAAGAUUGGGAGAAGCAAAUCAUUUUCACUGUAUAUACCCACUCACUCACUGUUCAAGCAGUUAAAUGUUGGUUUUAAUUGCCUAUGUUUGGUGAGGGAUUGCAAAAUGACACCCAAAAAUAAUAAAUCAAAAUAAAAUCCCAGACAAACUAGUUAUGUAUUCGAAACUAAUUUUCAGAAUAACUGAAAGUUAUAACAUAGGAUUUUUUCUGCUGUGUAUUUUUCAAUGUUAUUUGUUUCCCAGAAGAGAUUACAAGAGUAAAACGAAAACGUUGCUUACAAAUAUUGAACCAAAAUCUCAACUCCUCCUAAAACAAUUUCGUGUUUUAAUUUUACACUGCUUCUUGAUGGGAAAAAUACUGUUCAAGCAAAGCAAUGACUUGAAAAAAGUGUUAUGGAGACUCCGCUUCAUCAGAAACAACAAUAAAACGUUGAUUUGUUGACUUCAAACGUGAUCGUAGGGACAGAGUUAGCUGACAUCGUAAAGAUAUCAAAAGCACGUGUUGGCUAUAUAUUGCAUGAGCAUUUGGCUUUGAGAAAGUUCUGCUCAAAGUGUUUGCCGCGUUCGCUCACUGUUGACAAAAACCGAGAACGUGUUGAAGAUUCUGAGCAGUGUUUGGCUAUGUUUAAACGUAACAAACCGGAAUUUUUGCGUCGAUAUGUGACAAUGGAUGAAACAUGUAUUCAUCACUUCACUCCGGAAUCAAAACGAUCGCCAUCUGAGAGGACAUCAACUAGAGAACUUCGCCCAAUGCGCCCGAAAGCACAACAAUCGGCUGGAAAGGUUAUGGAAAAGGUAUUUUUGGGUGUGCGUGGUGUAAUAUUUAUCGACUAUCUUGAGAAAGGAAAUACUAUUGACAGUGAAACUAAACAGACACAUACAAACGUAACGUAACAAAUAUUCAAGAAGACAGAAGGUAUUUGUCGGGUUAUUUGUCACUGAAGACAGCGCAAAUUUUUAUACACUACAGAUAUCUCAUUUAAAAAAUUAAAACAAUAAUUAAAUCAGAAUGUCCUUAUGAGUUGUUUGCGUGGGAUCUCGAUCCAGCUGCUAUUAGAGUAAAAUAUCAAUAGCCCUGAUUUUCGCUUAUGCGCCAAACUCUGCAGAUCGAAACCGGAUGUAGCGAGAUUUUAUUGAAGGAUUAGAAUUCUUAUGGGUGGAAUCUUGUAGUCGGUAAAGGGUGUCUUUUUCAAUGGGACCUAAAUUUGGAGGAAUCGGUUCUGCCAUCUCCGAUAAGCUGAAGUGAUGAACAGAAAAUACAUGCGAGAGUUGCGAUCAUGGCACUCUUAGUCGAUACAAAUACAAAUCUGAUCCUAAAUAGUGAUAUUCCGAUGAGUGUAAAAGCCAUGUUUGCUACCUUCUGUGUUUUUGUUGUUUACUUUGCAGUCAUGAACUGCAACGUUGUUGUCCUACUUCAAUGAGAGAGUGCUUCCGUAAGACACAUAAACACACAUAUUGCAUGGCAAUUCAGAAUUAUUCACAUAACUGAGAUUUUGAUUGCAUUUUUCUCGCAUGUCAAUUCUAUACUGAACAUAUUCUGAUUUAGCAAGCUAGAUCUUGUAAAGGUUGGUUAUGAGUUGGCUUGUUGAAGACAUAAACAACCUCCAUAAAGAUCACAUCGCUGUUAUGGAUCCAUUUCAUAUUUGUACAUGGAACGUUAUUUAUGGAUCAUCCAUUUGAUAACGGACUGCGUGUUGUAUAAAAAGAACAAUUCACCAUGGCGCAUGUGGAGUUGAUUAAGGAUUGCAGCGGGUAUAAUUGUUUCACAGUUUUCGUUUUAUUCAUCGCCGUUGAAAAUGAAGUUUUUGCUGAUCACCCUUCUUGGGAUAAUUAUCUUGCCUAGAUCGAUCGCUAGUUAUCGAAUAAACUGGAGACACAAAGGAGUCUUCCAUAAAGGCUGGCAUCCUCAUGGUUAUCAAAGACCUCUCGACAAGCAUCACUGGCGAUCUUUUCUACCAACGCUACAUAUUGAAGUUUACGAGCCGAAAGGGUUGAAGUUAUCGAUGAUUCGGAAAAGUCAAAAUACAACAUUCUUCGGAGUGGAAUUGUACAUCAAUAAAGAUCCGCGAGUCAGUGGGAGUCAGUGUGACGUGUGUCACAAUACUACUACUGUGAACUAUGGAAAGUUUGUCAUCGAGGACGAAAACGUCGUGAUCAAACAGGGGGACCAACUUAACUAUGUUGUGUUGAUUGGCAACAGUUCCAAAUAUUCCCGACAGUCCAUUAAAAAGGUGAUUGUGACAAGCUCAAUGAUUAAGAAAUGUAACUGUGAGACUACUACUAGAGUGCUAGAAUCCGAUGUUAGUCGAAACGAUUUAAUCAGACCGCCUGAACGUUUACUGAAAAAACACCAAAGACUUCCAAGUGAAGGGAGUAACGUGAUGAGUCACACCAGUGAGAUGACAAUGAAAUUGAAGAAAUGAUAAUAGGGGAAUUCCUUAGAGUGUUUGUGCGUAAUGGGUAGAGCAUUCAUUCGAAAAUGUAAACUCAUAAUACCGGAAUCAAACAUUCCUCAGGCAGAUUGCAUUAGGCGAUCAACCAACCCUACUUGGCAUGUUCGCAGAUGCUUUUGAUCAGAUCUCAGCAAAACUUCGUUUGCUGAUUGCAGUGCACUGAAAAGAAAAUAAAUCAAAUUGAUUUAUUUUUUUGUUACUUUUAAAAUACAUACCAAAAUUUGAAAAUAAACAAACUAUUUGAUUUUAAACUAUGCGAAGUCGUAUACGUGUUUAGGACGGUCGAUGAAGAACUGAAACUUUAAUUUGACUAUUUUAUUCUCAUGUAAUUCGCUUAUGUUUUGUCAAUAUAAUGUGUGUAGAUCAUUCGAUGGUGUCUUUUUUUGAGUGCACCAUCAAAUGGGAAUACCGAAAAACAUUGAUAAUGUGUGUUAUUCAAUAAUCAACUGCAAAUAUAUAGCGUGCCAGAGCGUGGCGCAGUUAUUCAUCGAUUGGAUUCGACAGUGAUCAGUUGUGUGUUGUUCAGGAUGAAAUCUAGUUUGUUUGUAAUAUUGGUGAGUGUUGCUACCAUUAAUUUGGUGACCUGCCAACACCAUCACCAUCACGAUCAUCAGCAUGAUCAUUCUCCUCAUCAUCAACAUCAUCAUCAUCAUCAUCACCUCCACCAACCGGACGGAUAUUAUCAAAGGCAUCAUCAUGGAUGGCCGUCGCAUGACCAUCAUCACAGGCACCAUGGUGGGCAUAAUUGGCCCCGCAAUCUGAACUUCGAGAUCCGCGAGCCAAAGGGAUUGGAGGUGUCGAGAAUUCAAAUGGGACCAAGCGAAACAUUUUUUGGAAUCGAAUUGUACGUCAACCAAGAUCCCAGAGAAAAUGGAACCCGGUGUGAUGUUUGCCACAAUACAACUGAUGUGACGUACAAAAAGUUCAUCAUUGAAGAUGAGGACGUUAUAAUCAAGAAAGGAGAUUUACUAAGCUAUUACGUUCUGUUAGGCAACGAAUCGAACGUUAUUCGUCAUCAAAUUCAUAAGCUGUGGGUAACCGAUUCCAUCAUCAAUAGAUGCAAUUGCGAAGGAGCUGUCGAAACCCCGGACAUCGAUGUUCGUAUCAAGCAUUCAGAGAAACCUUUUCAUCGACCUAGUUUCGGUAACCCUUCGGGCGUACCCUAUCCAACCUCAACAACUGAAGCGUCUACUCACCUUCCGAGAAUUGAAGUAACAACAGAAGAUCAUUUCGAGUUCGAAGAAAUAGAAAAAGCCCACAAAAAUGACAUGUCUUCAUCUGAGGAAACUCGUUUCGAAUGUGAUCUAGAUCCAGAAUCGAAUCUGUGCCGAUCUUCGAAAGGAGCGGCCAAAAAAACUACUCAAACAUCUCCGGAUCUUCAGCAGGAGGUGCAAACUCUUAAUGGGAUUAUCAACCAAAUGAAAGACGCUUGCACUGCUAGAAAAAGUACCAACAAACUAUUGCUGAAGCAAGCUCCUGCUCAAGUUAGCGGUAUCGAACAGCUGACAGAUUUUGUUCGAUCAGCUUUGGCAGUUUGUCCGGAGCUUCAGGAUCUGGGGAAAGGAAUUCAUCGAGUGAUGCCUGCUGGUCCUGCCAUUGGACGGGGAGUGAUAUUCGAGUUAAGCGAUUAUGUGGACAAACAGAAGGUGCUGUACUAUGCAAGAUUGAACAAAUUGAAUCAGGUUGUCGAUUAUGACGUUGCCAGUAAGAGUUACUAGAAGUUCCAGUCUAUCAUCGUGAACGUUAAGUUCAAAUUGUUAUUAUCGAUUGAGGGCAGAUACUGAGAAAAAUUGUAAUAAAAAUCCGUGGUUUGUUUUCUGUUAUUCAACUUUAAGUUAUAAACUUAGUCUUUUAAGAAAAAAAUAUUUGACAAAGCGCAUUUCUCUCUGUCUUCACAAUUAUGAAAUUAUUAUUAAAAUAUAUCGUUUAAUUUU